UGAGAGGUUCAGUUCCAGCUGUUCCAUGCAGUUACAAAAGCGGAAUAACAUCGGGAAAAUGUAGGGCUUAGUGGGCUUCUCUGACUCAUUCAUUUCUUGCCUUAUCUCUGGAUCGGGACCUGUUCCGUCGGAAGAUCAGAUGGACCUCUUUCCUUUCCUGCCUUUUCUUUUCACACUCAUCAGCUGUAACGUUAACCCCAAGGUCCAGUUGGGUCCCAAUAGCACCCAUCAUCACCAUGACUACUGCGUUCUGGGGGGUGGACCUGCAGGGCUUCAGAUGGGCUACUUCCUGGAGAAACGUGGAAGGGACUACAUCAUUUUGGAAAGGAACACAGGCCCUGGGAGCUUUUUCAAUGUAUAUCCACGUCAUAGAAAACUCAUCAGCAUCAACAAAAUUUACACUGGGAGGAGGAACAGAGAGUUCAAUCUGCGCCAUGACUGGAACUCUCUGCUGAGUGACAGGCCAGACUUGCUCUUUCAACGAAUCAGUCGUCAACUGUACCCAGAAGCAGAUGACUUUCCCCGCUAUCUCUCCAUGUAUGUGAAAGAACUGGGACUUAAGGUGCGGUAUGGAGUGGACGUUGGAAAGAUACGAGCCACUGAUCUAAGCAGUAAAAGAGGGUACAUACUGACUGAUCAGCACGGAUCUGUCUACAAAUGCAGUGUUCUGUUGAUGUCAACCGGUUUGUGGGUACCUCAGCAGGUGAACUUUGAAGGGUCAGAUCUGGUGGAAGGUUAUGAGUCAAUUCCUGUGGAUCCUGAGGAGUACAGGGACCAAGCUAUCCUGAUCCUUGGCAAGGGCAACGCGGCCUUUGAGACUGCUCAGAGCAUCAUGGGCAGAGCGAGUCGUGUGCACCUGUACAGCCCAAACCCUGUGAGACUAGCCUGGCAGACGCAUUAUGUUGGAGACCUGAGGGCUGUAAACAAUGAGCUGCUGGACACAUAUCAGCUCAAGUCCCUGGAUGGCCUGGUGGAGGGAGGCCUGGAGGACAUUGCAAUCGUGAGACGAGAGAGAGGGAAUGGAGGGAGGAGGUCGGGAGAGAGGAAGAAGGCCAGGGCAAAGGAGGGCCAGGGGAGAGGUCAGCUGUACCUCACGCUGGCCGAACUUCUGGAUGACAGCUCUAGGAACCGCAGCGCCAAGGUCAAAGCAGAAAACCUGCCGGGUUACCACAACGACAACUUCUCCCUUCGUCAGCCUUAUGACCGUGUGAUCCGCUGCCUUGGAUUCCGCUUCAAUUUCUCAAUUUUUGAUGGCUCUGCACGUCCUGUGCACAGUAAAAGUGCCAGAGGGCGGUUACCAGCAGUCACAGCUUGGUACGAGGGCAGGGGAACCCCCAACAUGUUCGUGCUAGGGACAGCUGGUCACUCUCUUGACUACCGCAUGUCUGCUGGAGGAUUUGUGCAUGGAUUCCGCUACACAGUGCGAGCAGUCCACAGGGUUCUAGAGCAACGUUACCAUGGCAAUGCUUGGCCUGCCACCAAGCUCCCAACCAGUCAGCUGCUCUCUUGGCUGCUGAAAAGGGUUAAUGAAGCAUCUGGACCAUACCAAAUGUUUGGAGUGCUAGGGGAUGUAGUAUUACUGCAUGGAUCUUCCUGCGAGUAUCUGGAGGAGUUCCCUGUUCAGGCCCUGUCACAGCUGCCCACUCUCUCAGGUCAUCGGGUCCCAAAGAAGGGCCUGCUGGUUCUGGUCCUGCAGUACGGUCUGAACCACACAGACACCCUGGGGCCAAACCGGGCAGAGUCCGAGUGGACACGGGCCUGGAGGUCCAGCUUCCUUCACCCGGUUCUGUAUUACUACGACACACUACCCACUGAGAAGGACAUGCGCCUGCGUCCUAUCGGCUGGCCACUACCACGGCCCAAGGCAAUACACCACAUGAUCGAGGACUUCCUGACAGAGUGGGACCAGCCAAUCUCUCACAGCCAGCCACUGCGGCGCUUCCUAGAGAACUGUUUCCAAAGGGACCUGCGUACAUUCUAUGCAGAAUCCUGUUUCCGAUUCUCUCUGACAAGCCAGAAGCCUCCUCUCUUCUGUCGGCAGGGCUACCUCAAAAAGCAGGGGAUUGUGGGAAAUCGGCAAUUAUGGCAACAUGCACGUGAUGCUGGGCUUAUGCCUGACCUCCAGGACACUGAGGUUCUGAGAGAGAACCCACAACUUCCUCAGUCCUUACCACACACUGAAGCAGCAGUCACAUCUGCAAUGAACUUUGGCCUUUGAUUUAUGUCCAGAUAAAACCAAAGAUCUGGGACAAAUCUUGAAUCUCCUCUACCUCCUUUAUUUCCCUUUUUCCUCUAAAGAGGGUGAAUGUUUACAUUGUAAGAUGCAUUUUGUUAUGUUACAUUAUAGCCUAUUAUAUGACUGUUGAUAUGGGCAAAAAUAUAUAACUAUUGGUACUUUUUGUUUUUAAAAUGUAUAAUGUUAAAAUGUUUUCAGCAUAAUCCAAAGCUCCUCCAGCA